AGAAAAACUAAAAUGUUAAUUCAGAACGGCAAAACUUCAAGGCUUUGCUUCAAUUGCUUGGGGAUAGCAAGAGAAGUGUAAGCACUUGCAACCACCGGACUCCGUAGCAUUCUAGCGAAGAUUUAUUUCAACUCUGAUCAGAAAGCUAGCGAAUAGUGCAAUGCACGAGUGUUCAAAAAGUUUGCCUUAUUCAGAGCUAAAACCCUACUCCGCGGCAUAGCAAAGAAGAAUUUUACCGUAGCAGGAACAGUCUAGCUACACUUUGAGAAAAUGAUCAAAGUGGAGGCUGAUGAUGACUCGGAAGCUACUAUUCAUCAGAAUAACGACAUAGUAGAUGUUGUCUUGUCUUGGUCAUUCGAGGAUGUUCUUAACAAAGACCUUUACAAGGACAAGGUGCAGAACAUACCUCUUGAAUUUGAGUCUUUGUCUUCUUAUCUAAGAGCAUUUGCUCUCCCUCUUGUUGAAGAAACUCAUGCUGAUUUAUUUUCUAGCAUAGAUACUGUGUCAAACACAUCUACAUACAGAAUAAUGUCUAUUGAGUCUGAAAAAGAAGAGCUUGGGUAUGAUGGGUUAUCUAAGAAACCAAUCUUCACUAUUGAAACCGAAACAAAAGAUGCUUCACGUGAUCCUGAGACAGGCGAUCUCAUUGCCUUUACAGAUGUAAUCCCAAAAUGUGUUGAAGAUCUGAGUAGACCCGCCGUGCCCUAUCUUACUGCCCUAGUUCAGAGGGUGUCAGAUAAAAGAGACCAUUUCAGGAUUCAGAUUCUAUCAUCCAAACACAUCUUGCGUGAACUAGCCAAUCAGAUACUCCAGGAAAAUAAAACCUUAUAUGCUGUUUUCCUUAUAAACAUGUUGACAAAUAUUCGCAUUUGGACUGCAUUGAACUUGAGGUCUGAAGGGAGGAACCUGAAAAUCAUUGAGAAAGUGCUGCAACCUAGUUAUUCCAGUAAGGAAAGAUGUAGUCACUGCUUGAAAAAUGGAACAUAUUCUGCUUCUAAAUGCCAAGUACUUGCAUCGACUCGUUCUAUGACUCUGAAUGAAUUCCAACAAGAGGCAGUAGAGAUAUGUUUUGCCAUAAAGUAUUGUGACCACGAGAGUACAACCAAACUAAUUUGGGGUCCUCCAGGAACAGGAAAAACAAAGACAACAUGUGCGUUAUUAUUUGCACUUUUAAGUCAGAAAUGUAGAACACUUACUUGUGCUCCAACUAACAUAGCAGUAGUAGAAGUUGCUUCAAGGCUUAUGCGGCUGGUGAUGGAAUCACUUAACUGUCUAUCUUAUGGCUAUGGACUUGGGGAUGUAGUUUUGUUUGGAAACAAAAAAAGGAUGAAAUUGGUCGAUGAAAGCGAACUAGUUCAUGUCUUUCUUGAUCACCGUAUAAAAGUUCUAAAAAGUUGCCUUGCUCCCAAAUCCGGCUGGAGUCAUAUGUUGGAUUCUUUGGUUUGCUUAAUCCAAGAUCCUGAAUAUCAAUUUAAAGUGUACUUAACGAACGACCAGGAUGAUGAUGAAUGCUAUAAUAUAGAAUACAAGGAUGGUUAUUGUAGUGAUUCUUGUGGAUCUAUGGAUAAAGGCUUCAAAUAUGAGGCAAACAUGAGGAUUUGGCAUGAAGUCUUUGCCAAGUCUUUGAAAUUAGACAAAAAGGAGAACCGGGCUGCCAGACAAGGGUGCCAGAAUAAAAAGUCUGUCCCUAAAAAAGACGGUAACCUUCCAAGGCGUAGAGCAAGAUUAAAAUUUGAGGAAUUUCUCAUAAAGAAAUUGAGCUGUAAAGUAGAGGACAUAAAAUUUUGCAUUGUGAAUCUUAUAAGUCACCUACCGACGUCGUUACUAUCGAUAGGAGUUGCAAAUGACAUGACAAAAGCUUUAAAGUUAUUGGGGUAUUUUCAUAGUUUACUAUGUAGGUUUAUGGUUGCCGGCGGUAACUUGAGAGAAGUCUUCGCUAAAAGAAGAGGUGAGCAAAGAAAUGUGGAUGGAUGUAUUGAGCUGGAAUUGGUCAAAAAUGAGUGUUUGCUGAUACUCGAAUCCCUUCCUAAGCGUUUCUUUGUGAAGGCAGACACGUACUCAAUGAGAGAAGAAAUAUUGGAAAGUUCAUGCUUACUUUUCUGCACUGCCUCAUCAGCCAUCAAAUUAUACUGUACAGAAGUAGAGUUGUUAGUUAUUGAUGAAGCUGCUCAGCUCAAAGAGUGUGAAUCAACUAUUCCUCUGCAAAUUCCUGGUCUUCGUCAUGCUGUACUCAUUGGGGAUGAGCAACAGCUUCCUGCAUUGGUUAAAAGCGAGAUUUGCAAAGAGAUAGGUUUUGGAAGAAGCUUGUUCCAAAGGUUGGCAACAAAAGGUUACAAAAAACACCUUCUCAGUGUCCAGUAUAGAAUGCACCCUUCAAUAAGCUCAUUUCCUAACAAGGCGUUUUACCAAAAUAGAAUUUUUGAUUCCCCAAGUGUCAAAAGUGAAGUAUAUGAGAAGAGCUUUCUUCAAGGUGACAUGUAUGGCACUUAUUCCUUUAUUGAUGUGCGAUGUGGAAAUGAAGAAGUGAUAAGUGGGCAUAAAUUCAGGAACAUGGUUGAGGUAGCAGUGGUUUGUGAGGUAGUUGCAAACCUCUUUCGAGAAUGUGCCAGGUGGAAACAAAAGGUCACUGUUGGGAUCAUAUCACCAUAUGCUGCCCAAGUUGAUGCAAUCAAAGAGAAUGUUUUGACUGCAUACAACAUGCAUGCAUAUAACGGCUUUUCUGUUGAUGUUCGCUCUGUGGAUGGUUUUCAAGGAGGUGAGAAGGAUAUAAUUAUAAUCUCAACUGUAAGAUCAAAUGGGAGUGGAUCUGUUGGCUUCCUUACUAGCAGUCAAAGGGCAAAUGUUGCUCUCACUAGAGCAAGGCAUGCCCUAUGGAUUAUUGGCAAUGGAGCAACUCUUAAAGGGCGUGAUUCUGUUUGGAGACAAGUUGUUAAUGAUGCAAAGAGUAGGAAGUGUUUUUAUGAUGCUUGUGAAGACAUAAACUUAGCAAAAGCCAUGGCAGCUUCACUGGUAGAUGUUGACAUACUUGAUAUCAGACUCUAUUUAGAACAGCGACUGUUCAAAUCUGCAAAGUUCCAGGUGGUCAAUGUCCAUGAAAGCUUUUGGAAAGCAAUGUCAAGGAUAAGUAGCAUAGAUUUUCGUAAAAAGGCCAUAUCUGUACUGAUGAAGAUAUCAGAUGGUUCACAUCAGCAGCCUCAGAAUAACCAACUGUGUGUGACAAACAACAAUAAGAUGCUCACAGAGUCUUUGCUUUAUGAGAUUGACGGCCUUGUUUAUAUUGUUGCAACCCUUGACACCGUACAGGAGGCUUCUAAGGUUACUGAACUUAUCAACAUCUGGGAUAUACGGCCAUUGGUUGAUAAUAAUAAUAAUAAUAAUAACCAUCAAGAUCCUCUGCUACAGUUAUGUUUGCAGUUUGCUGCCCUCUCUCUCAAGGGUGAACCAUAAUCCCCCAUCACUGGAAGCUUAUUUGGCACUUGCAGCUUUUUUUGUUCUUUAACAUGUGUAAAUAUACAUGCAUAGAUACAUAUAUAUCCUUUUGGAUGAAUCGUUCCACAUAUAUAAUUGGGCAUACUUGACAAUUGCUUCAUAGCAAUCACAAACUCAUUCCAUCGACAGAGUUCCAGAUUAACCAUUUUUUUGUACAGAAGAUUGUGAAACCUAAAUUUGAUGUGUUAAAAUUUAUCAAUUCUCUACCCUCAUGACAUGAUAUUUGAUCUUAUUUACAACU